AUGUCUGCUGAAAUAGGCGACAUUGAUCAGUUGGAAGACUACCUGGGAACUAACGGAUCGUUGGCAGAUCUGAAGAUGUUCGAGAAUAUGACUCCGCGUGUUGAGGGUAAAAUCCGCGAGCUGUACAAAACUCUUCGGCAAGUUGACCUGCCUCUGCCUCUAGGCCUUGUUUGCCUGGUCCUCAUAACAUUUGACUAA